AUGUCUCGCCAGAAUAUCACCUUUCAUCUCGCCAAACGGCCAACAGCCUCCGUGGUUCCCGGUCAGACCUUUGAGCAAAGGUCAGAGCCAGCUCCGACAGCUGAGGAUCUGAAGGAUGGACAGGUGCUCGUCGAGGUCUUGUAUCUAUCGCUCGACCCAUAUAUGCGAGGAAUGCUGAAUAGCACCAGGUCAUACAUUGCCCCCGUAGCGAUUGGUCAAAAGAUGGUCGGCGGGGCAAUCUCUCGUGUCCUGGCAAGCAAGUCGGCAAAGGCUGCACCUGGAGACGUUAUAUACGCACUCACUGGCUGGACCGAGGUCGCCAUUGUUCCGGAGCAGAUGGUGGAGGCUAUCAAGCUACCUGAAGGUAUCAAAUUGACAGACAUGUUGACAGUCGCAUUCAAUGGGCCUGCCAUGGCAGCGUAUAUUGGGCUUCAGAACAAAGCCAAUGUUGAACCCGGUAAUACCGUAGUUGUCUCUGCAGCCAGUGGUGCUACAGGACACAUAGUCGGCCAGAUUGCCAAGAUUCAAAGUGCCCGCGUAGUCGGUAUCACUGGCUCUGAUGAAAAGUGCAGCUGGCUUUGCGACGAGCUCGGGUUUGAUGUCGCGCUCAAUUACAAUUCGCCAGACUUUGUCGCGAAACUCGAAGAGGCAACUCCAGACAUGAUAGAUGUGUAUUGGGAUAAUGUCGGUGGAUGGAUCCUAGAGGUUGCCCUUGCCAGAGCUGCCAAAUUUGCUCGGUAUGUCAUUUGCGGUGGCGCGGCCCAGUACAACCUCCCGGAGCCCGAGAGACUAGGAAUCAAGAAUAUCAUAGAGAUUGGAAAACAACGCGUACGUAUGGAAGGGUUUGUGGUCAUGGACCACAUGAAAGAUAUUCCAGAGGCGCGAGCUACUCUGCUACAGUGGAUCACGGAAGGAAAACUCAAAACAAAGGAGACCAUUGUCAAGGGUGGCAUUACUGUAGCAGACGCUGCUUUUGAGAAAUUGUUCACGGGCGACAAAAUUGGCAAGCUAUACGUCGAGGUCAAGGCUCCUUGA